UGGAAAGGCUGGAGGUUUUUUUUUGUUCGUUUUUGACCCUGUACUUCAUCGCGACCAGAAAAAAAAAGAGACGCAGGAUUCUACCUCUUUGCGUUCCGUACUCAAAAAAACCAGAAGAAAUGGCUCCCCCUCAGACCAAGAAGGCUGGCAAGGCCGGCAAGGCUGGCAAGACGACCAAGAAGUUCGUCAUCAACGCCUCGCAGCCCGUUAACGACAAGAUCUUCGACAUCUCGGCCUUUGAGAAGUUCCUGAACGAGAAGAUCAAGGUCGAGGGCCGCGUCGGCCAGCUGGGCGAGACCAUUGUCAUCUCCCAGAUCCCCGACGGCAAGAUUGAGAUCGUUGCCCACAACGACCUCUCCGGCCGCUACCUGAAGUACCUCACCAAGAAGUUCCUCAAGAAGCAGCAGCUCCGCGACUGGCUUCGUGUCGUCUCGACCUCUAAGGGCGUCUACGAGCUCAAGUUCUUCAACGUCGUCAACGAUGCCGACGAGGAGGAUGACGAGUAAACGAAUCUCUACGCAUAUCACUGGAGUUCUUGGGGUUUCUCUAUUGGGUUUGGGAACGGAACAGGCAAGGGAUGGAUUGCUAGCUUGAUAGCGGCAGGGGACCUUUGUCGUCCACAAAAAUACCAAAAACGGGAGCCAUCGGCUUGCGGUUGCAAGUACAUGCUGUUCUCUGCCUGUCGAUGCCGUGAUAUCUAGGCGCUCGGGGUUCUUGCGACCUUGUGCUGUUGUGGUAUUGUAAUUUCACCAUGCUUGGCGCCUCGAGAGGCCAUCUGUUUUGGAGCAUGCCG